AUGGAAAUUAAUACCUAUAUACGAGCGCGAAAGACUUACAGCGUCUCCGAAAGGAUUCUGGAUGUUAUACUCAGACUUUGUGGCCACGUUCAGUUUGCUGGAAAUGGUGCACCUAGACGCGGAGACCAGUCGUGCGGAGCCAUCCUUGGCAGACAAACACAAAUGGCAGAUGAAGAUGCACCAAGGCGGCUGGAGGCGAGGAGUCUCUGCAGGUGGAUGCAGAAACUUCGUCAGCUUUUUUCACAUGAAUCCGCAAAUCCAAGUAGUGUUAAACGAACCUGAUACCGUAGUGGUAUCGCUCAACCAACACAGCACAAUGGACCCCAAAGUUAUUGGCUUCAGCAGCUACAAGAUGCCCAAGGCCCUCCUCGAAGUAGCGCCACCGAUCCUCUUCAAGAGAAUCAAAAGUGCCGUCAACUCGCAGUACACCAACAGUCGUCAAGUUAGUCACAGAUGCCAGUUGGAAGCAGGAGCGUACCUUAUCAUACCGACAACGUUUGAGCCACGAGAAGAAGCCAACUUUUCCCUAAGAGUAUUUUCCAACAAGCCUUUGAAAAUGAAGAUGUUAGACUACGCGCCGCAGAUGCUGAGAACAGCUGUGAUCAAAGCACCCCGUGUGGGUGAAACGAGUAGUUUUGCGCAGUACGAAGCUGUGUUUUUGCAACUAGCCGAUGAGCAUAGAACCAUAGACGCCUUCGAGUUGCAAGAACUGUUGGACGCUUGCUUGCCGAACGAUUACAUUAAGAGCUGCGCUUCGAUCGAUACCUGUAGGCAAAUUGUGCUCUCUAUGGAUAAAAACGGCACGGGACGCAUUUCACUGUCAGAUUUCAAAGACUUGAUGUGCAGCCUGAAGCACUGGCAAUUGGUGUUCAAAUCGCACGCACGCGAAAAAAUGGGUGUGCUGCGCGCGGAGAGGCUGCGCGACGCGUUGCGCGAGGUCGGAUUCGCAGUGCCCGAACGCGCGCUGGCGUUGCUCGUGCUGCGGUACAUGAGAAAAGACGGCAUGCUACGCUUUGGUGAUUUCGUCUCUGCGGUCUUGCAUUUACAUCGGGCAUUUAACGUUUUCAACACAAACGAUUCCUCGCAAAGCGACAACAUAAACUUAAAUCUAUCUGAAUGGCUAAAAUGCGCCUUGAUGUGUUAGCUGCAGCCGAUCUGCGAAGCUUUCUUGAGGGUAGUUUAAUACUUUAAAUAAAAGCGUGCAGUUGUAAGAAUUUAUAGCGACAAAGAAAACCGUGUUUCAACAACCUAUGGUUUUUCGUUAUUUUGAUAAAGCGUCGACAUGGAGACGU